CUUCGUCAUUAUCUUCCCAUUUUUGUUUUUCUCUGCGUGCGCAUAUAGUAUCGUGUUUGUUAUUUUUCUCUCUCCCUCGUAUCGCAGAACGAAAAGGAGAGAAAAUUAACUGGGAGAGUGCGAAAAUCUCAUCGGUGUUUCAAUCUGAGAUUGUCUUUUUGUGUUAAAUCUCGUUGAUUUGUGUUUCUCCGGAGGAAUAGAGAAGUGUAGAGAGUGUGUGUGUGUGUGUGUAUGUCUGCCUGUAAGAGAAAUAUUUGUGUUUAUAGUUAUGAUGGAUGAUAGUGAAGAGAUUGCAUUUUCUAAGGAGAUUGCAUCGAAUUCAUGAUGUUAUCGUUGUGAAUCUGGCUAUCUGAUCAAUCGGUGUAUUACUUUCAUUGUGAAUUCGGUCAAACAAGAUUUGUCGAGAAUGAACAGCGGAAACGGUGGUGAAGGAGCUGCGGCGAGUACUGCUGGAGAGCCGGAGCAUCUGGAGUGGAAAUUCUCUCAGGUUUUUGGCGAACGGACUGCCGGGGAGGAAGUGCAGGAAGUUGAUAUUAUUUCCGCCAUUGAAUUUGAUAGAACUGGGGAUCACCUUGCCACCGGAGAUCGCGGAGGUCGGGUUGUUUUAUUUGAAAGAACAGAUACGAGAGAUCAGCAUGGUGGAAGUCGAAGAGAUCUAGAGAUGAUGGACUACCCAAUUAUUAGGCAUCCAGAGUUCUGCUAUAAAACAGAGUUUCAAAGCCAUGAGCCUGAAUUUGAUUAUCUUAAGAGCUUGGAAAUUGAGGAGAAAAUCAAUAAAAUUAGAUGGUGUCAGCCAGCCAAUGGCGCCCUAUUUCUUCUUUCGACUAAUGACAAAACCAUCAAAUUUUGGAAGGUUCAAGAAAAGAAGGUUAAGAAAGUAUGUGACAUGAACAUGGACCCUGUGAAAGCCGUGGGAAAUGUUCCUAUUGUUGGGUCAAGUACAUCAACCUGCUUGAAACCUUGUAUUGCGAAUGGAAAGUGUACAGAGAAACUUGUUGGUCAUUCAAGCUGUGAUUUUGAGUUUCCAUCAGGGGGUAUCCCUUCUUUGCGUAUGCCGACGGUAGUGACUAGUCAUGAGAUGAGCCUUGUGGCUAGGUGUCGAAGAAUAUAUGCCCAUGCGCAUGACUAUCACAUUAAUUCCAUUUCUAAUAACAGUGACGGAGAGACUUUUAUAUCAGCUGAUGAUUUACGAAUAAAUCUUUGGAACUUGGAAAUUAGCAGUCAGAGUUUUAAUAUUGUUGACGUGAAGCCCGCAAACAUGGAAGAUCUGACUGAGGUGAUAACUUCGGCAGAAUUUCACCCUACCCACUGUAACAUGUUAGCAUAUAGUAGUUCGAAGGGCUCUAUCCGUCUGAUUGAUAUGCGACAGUCGGCUCUAUGUGAUAGUCAUAGCAAAUUGUUUGAGCAGCCAGAGAUGCCUGGCACAAGGUCCUUUUUCACAGAAAUAAUUGCGUCAAUCUCGGAUCUAAAGUUUGCUAAGGAUGGAAGGCAUAUACUUAGCCGUGACUACAUGACUCUCAAGUUGUGGGAUAUAAAUAUGGAUUCUGGCCCAGUUGCAAGUUUUCAGGUUCAUGAAUACUUGAGACCUAAGCUCUGUGAUUUAUAUGAGAAUGAUUCUAUCUUUGACAAGUUUGAGUGUUGUCUUAGUGGAGAUGGACUUCGAGUGGCAACUGGUUCCUACAGCAAUGUGUUCCGUGUGUUUGGUUGUUCUGAAGGAAGCACAGAAGCAACGUCGUUGGAAGCCAGCAAAAAUCCCAUGAGGAGGCAAGUCCAAACACCAUCAAGGCCUAGAUCUCUGGGCAAUCUAUCUCGUGGUUUCCGGCGAGGUGCAGAUGACUGCGGAGGUGAUUCAAACGGAAAUGCUUUUGAUUUCUCAACAAAGCUGCUACAUCUAGCAUGGCAUCCAUCUGAAAAUGCACUUGCAUGUGCUGCCUCAAACAGCCUUUACAUGUACUAUGCAUAAGAUGAUGUUCAAAGGAAUUCUGAUUUUGCUUGGCAAUGCUCAAGUCAUUGCCUCCAGUAAAGGUUUUAGUUUACCUUUCUUCCUCGGCAACUGACAUGAAAGUUGUGCCAAUUAUUAGACUCCCAGCUACCCAUUAGAAUUUUUGCACAUCUUAACGCCGGGGUUCAAUGUUACUCUUGUUAAAUUAUGAAGGAAGACCUUAGCAUUCGCUACCAGAGUACCAGGUAGGCAGUACCUAACUGAUUUAUAUUCUUUCAUCAGGGAAGAUGCAAUUCUGCCCUUGUAUUAUUUUGUUUAGGUCGAAGAAGGUGCCGUCUUAGCUCCCCAACAAUUGGAAAAAGAAAAAGCUUCUGAUUUUGUGCUGCUACACUCCUGAGACAACUGGGGGCUAGACCUGAAUUUGGUAGGGGGAGCUGUUUUGAUGCAUCAAUUCUCAUUGAUACGUAGGGCUUCAAUAGUGUAGAAUUUGAAUUUAAAAUUCAAGUCGUGUUAUCAUGAUUAUUGUUAUUUUAUAUUCUAACCAUUCUUUCUCCUCUUGAAAAGUUUUCUGGUUUGUUUUGGUCUUUGCAGAGUGAUUAUAUUGGAUGUAUUUUUUA